UCGCGGAAGGAGUCGCGACCCUUCAGUCGCGGCAGUGAUGCGCGGCGCGGACACGCACAGGCGCUUCGCUCUCUGAUUUACCGGCCGCAGCGAACAGGCAGGUGGGAGGCAAACGGAGUUGGCGUGCCGAACUUUGACGCUCGCACCUCGACAUGCCACCCCAAAUGGAUUACUUUUACCACGAGUCCCGAGUCCCUUCAGCUUGCGGGCUUACCCGGGAGGACGAGCUGGACCCCGAUGUGAUCAGCUGCAUGCUGGUCGGAGACGGAGCGGUGGGGAAGACCAGCAUGAUCAUCAGCUACAUCUCCAACGGAUACCCGGCGGAGUACCAGCAGACAGGGUUUGAUGUGUUUUCUGGUCAGGUCCAAGUGGAAGGGUCUCCAGUAAAAAUUCAACUUCUGGACACAGCUGGACAGGAAGAGUUUGACGAGUUCCGGGCUCUGUCCUACGCCCAUGCCGACGUCUUCCUCCUGUGCUUCAGCAUGGUCGAUCCCGACUCGUUCCACAACAUCACCAAGAAGUGGGUGCCGGACAUCCGGGCCCACAACGCGUCCUCCCCCAUCAUCCUCGUUGGGACUCAGCUGGACCGGCUGCUGGAUGUCAACGUCCUCAUCGACCUGGACAAGUGCAAAGUCAAGCCGGUGCUGAGCUCACGGGCCCGGAGCCUGGCGGACAAGAUCCGGGCCACGGACUACAUCGAGUGCUCGUCGCUGACACAGAAGAACCUGAAGGAGGCGUUUGAUGCGGCUAUUUUUGCUGCCAUUAAGAACAAAACGCGCAAGGGGAAGAAAAGGAGGUUUUCCGACAGGCGCACCAAAGCUUUCUCGAGGUGCAGCUGGAAGAAGUUCUUCUGCUUCAUCUGAACUCUUUCCAAAUUCAGUUCUUUGAAGACUCUUUAUUUAUUUAAGUUGUCUUUUCAUGAAAUAAUUUGUGGAAUUGUUUAUUAGUAAAGUUGGCUUGUCUUUUCUUUGAUGCCAAAUACAGAUAGAGAGGCGGACGGUACUAUGAACUGACCAAGCAAACACAAGGACAUUUCCCAGCCUGUGAUUGGUGUCACACUUACCAGACUGUUGCAUAUUCACAUAUUUGUUCCAAGUCAACAAGAGAAGAAGGGUUUGCACAUGCUGUUUUUUGUGUGUCCACCAGUCGUGUGGUGCACACGUCAGAGGGAUAGAAUAUUGAGUUGAGGCUUUAUGAGGUGCAGCUGCAGAGGCCUGACCAGUAUAUAUAUAUAUAUUUUUUUUUAAAAGGAAA